AUGUCCGACUCCCAAACUCCCCACUGGAAACCAAUAGUCCUCAAGAAACGCGCCGCCCAAAAAGCGCUAAUCCCAACAGAAUGGCAACUCCCAGCUUCGAUCCAAUCCGAUCCACCUCUAUCGACCCUCGAUGCUAUCCGAUCAUGUGGUAUACUCUCACCAGAAGAGCUAGCAUGGACAGACACCACCGAUAUCCAGGACCUGGUCUCUGCUAUUGCGUCGCGUCGUGUGACUAGUCUUCAGCUUACGACUGCGUUCUGUAAACGCGCCGCCAUAGCGCAGCAACUGACGAAAUGUCUGACAGAAAUUUGCUUUGAAAGAGCGCUGGCACGGGCCCGGGAGUUGGAUGAGUAUCUUUUGAAUACUGGUGAGGUUGUUGGGCCGUUGCAUGGGAUUCCGGUGUCGAUUAAGGAUCGGUUUGAGAUUGAGGGACUUGAUACAACCGUUGGUUGGAUCGGUCUUGUCAAUAAACCUGCAAAGUCCUCGUGCGACAUUGUACGGCUGCUCGAGUCGAUGGGCGCUAUUAUGUAUGUCAAGACUAAUAUCCCCCAGUCGCUGAUGAUGGCCGAUUCCUACAAUAACGUAUUCGGACAAUCCACCAACGCAUUCAAUCACAACCUGAUCUCCGGCGGUAGUUCCGGCGGCGAAGGCGCGCUGAUCGGUUGCGGAGGUAGUAUCCUAGGUAUUGGCACGGACAUCGGGGGCUCGAUCAGAGUUCCUUCUGCACUGCAGGGGCUCUAUUCUAUUUUCCCGACAACAGGACGGGUACCAUGGGAUUGCUCAUUCCUGCACCAGCAUUAUCUCGUUCCGCCCGUCGCAGGCCCAAUGGCUUCUUCCCUAGCCACGACGGAGUACUUCAUGCAGAGCCUCUUGGCCUCGAAUCCGUGGGAUCUCGAUCCAUCUGCAAUCCCCAUUCCAUGGCGAACGGAGCUCGCCACUCCGCCCACGAACCGGAAACUGAGGAUCGGCUUCGUUGUAGAUGAUGGAGUCGUUAAACCUCAGCCACCUGUUACUCGCGCAAUGAAUGAGACGAUACAGACAUUACGCGCCGCCGGACACGAAGUAAUUGAAUGGGAUACAUCUCUCCACGAACCCGCAACUCAAUUGUGGUACAAGGCCAUCCGCGGCGAAGGCGGCGCCCACUGCCGCGAGCUAUGCAAACUGAUUGACGAACCCUUGAUCGAGGGCAUGCUUGUCGGCAAGGAGAAUGAAACGUUAGAUAUUGAAGAGCGCGAGCAAUUGGAACGAGAGAAAUACGCUCUUUCCACUGCCAUGCUGAAACAGUGGCUUGGUGCCGGUGUCGAUGCGCUUCUCAUGCCUGUUAUUCCGUGGGUUGGGUAUAGGCCUAAAACGUGGGUGAAAAGUAGGCAGUGGGUUGGGUAUACGGGCGUGUGGAAUCUAUUCAACUAUGCUUCUGUUACGGUGCCGGUUGGAAAGGCGGAUCGGGAGCUUGAUUCUGUGGGUGGAGGGAGAAAUUUGGAGUGGGAGGAUUAUAUCCAAGGCAGGAAUCUGAAUCUUCAUGAUCAGUUCAAUUAUGAGCAGUGUGCGGAUUUGGGAUUUGCUAAUCUGGCUUCGGUAGAUGAUAUUGAGCUUGUGCAUGGGAUGCCUAUCUGUCUGCAGAUUGUUGGUGGGAGGUUUGGUGAAGAGAAGGCAAUUGCUGCAGCGAAGGUGGUGGAUGGCUUGAUGAAUCCGACUCCAUUCCAUCCCUAUCAUUGA